AUGGAAGAGAGUGGUGGAAUAUGCCGUUUACAUCAAUCUCCAUUCCUAUUCUUAUUUACCAAUUAUUGUCAUUCUUCUACUUCCACACUUGAAGAUGCACGCUUCUUGACAAAUAACUUCAAAUCUGCUUCUUUUACCCACCUUGAUGAUGCCAUUGCUUCCUUCAAUCAUGUAAUUCAUAAGCAUCCUCUGCCUUCUAGGGUUCCAUUUAAUAGAUUCUUAUCUGCCCUUGUGAAAAUGAAACAAUAUCACACUGUCCUUUCCAUGUCCAAAACAAUUGAAUUGCUAGGAAUCUCUCACGAUGUUUAUUCUAUUAACAUCUUAAUUAAUUGCUUCUGCCGUUUACAUCUUGUGGAUUUUGGCUUCUCUGUUUUCGGGAAGAUGUUCAAAUUCGGAUUGGAGCCUACCACUGUGACAUUUACUACCUUAAUUAAUGGGCUUUGUAUGGAGAGUAAAAUCGAUAAAGCAGUGGAAUUUUUUGAUGAUAUGGUUGCACGUGGUUAUCAACCUGAUGUUCGUACUUACAGUACGAUAAUAAACGGAAUGUGUAAAUUUGGGAAAACAAAUGUGGCUAUUGGGCUACUAAAGGGAAUGGCUGUUAGAGGUUGUGAGCCAAAUGUUGUGACAUACAAUGCAAUCAUUGACGCACUUUGCAAGGAUGAGCUAGUUGGUGAGGCUUUAGAGCUCUUCUCUCAAAUGAGGAAUAAGGGCAUUUCACCUGAUGUCAUCACUUACACUGUUUUAAUUCACGGUGUUUGCAAAUUAGGCCAAAAGAACCAAGCUUUGGCCUUGAUGAAUGAAAUGGUGGAGCAGAACAUAUUACCAAAUGUUUAUACCUUCAAUGUAUUGAUUGAUGCUCUUUGUAAGGAUGGAAUGGUUUCAGAGGCUCAAAAUACAUUCAAUAUAAUGAUUCAAGAGGUUUAGAGCCUGAUGUGAUCACAUACACUUCCUUAAUUGAUGGUCUUUGCAUUUCAGACCAUUUCAAGGAAGCUUUGGCCUUGUUGAAAGGAAUGAUGGGGAGGAACAUAUCCCCUGAUGUUUUUACCUUCAAUAUAUUGAUUGACACUCUUUGUAAGAAAGGACUGGUUUCAAUUGCACAGAAUAUAAUCAAAAUAAUGAUUCAAAGAGCUGUGGAACUUGAUGUGGUCACUUAUAAUUCAUUGAUGGAUGGAUAUUGUCUGUGCAAGCAAAUUGAUAAGGCUAGAAAGCUAUUUGAUCUGAUGGUGACCAAUGAAAUAGCUGACAUUUUUAGCUACAGCAUUUUGAUCAAUGGAUAUUGGUAUGUUUCAAGCAGGGAGGCCCCAAAAUGCAAAAGAGCUCUUUAAGGAUAUGUGCUCU